ACAUUCCCAACCAGCACUGCAGGGGAGAGCACUGUGGUGAGAUUUACAACAAUAAGACAGUGUGUGUGUGAAGAGUCUUUAACAGUGUAUCACACACGCUCUCUCACUCAUUCUGAGCUCUGGGCUUUGAUACGGCUGCCUUCACUGUCGAUUUGGAACAAGAGGAGAAAGCUAAUCUCAGCGGCCGGUGUGGUCUGUUUUAUUUCCACCGCAGGGAGAAAAGAUUUCCAAGCAGCAGAAGAAGAAAAGAAGCGAAAGCAUGUCCAACGCUCUGGUGAGGAGAAACUCCAGCAAGCAGGGUUUACAGAACCUGAUGAGGCUGACGGCCCAGAGGAGCAUCGAGGAUGCCGAGGAGGUGGAGAGGGAGCGUCGUCGGAGAGCUCGCGAGUCUUUACGCCGGAGGAGCAGCGGCUCAGCGCCCGGAGAGUCAUCGCUGGACGGCGAGAUGCCGCCAGAGGAGAACACGUAUGGCAGCAGCCUGAAGCCAAAUGGUUCUCAGUCUCUGGAGGAGGACGAAGGCUUCAGCGACUGGACCCAACGCAGAGAGAGGCGAAGGCAGCAGCGCCUGCAGGAGCUCAGCCAGGGAGGAUACGAAGACGAGUACGAAGAGGAAGACAGGAUAAAAAAAGCUGCGCCCAUAAAGAGCACGAAGGCCUCCAUCACUUCUCUCCAACUCCAGAGGCAGGAGCAGGAAGACAGAGACAGGGUGGAGAUGGAGAGGAGGAAGGAGCGUGAAGAAGAAAUGAUUCGAGCUGAGAGAGCAAGGAGGGAGAAAGAGAGGGAGGAGGAACUAAGGAAGAAGGAUGAGCUGAUCUCGAGGAGGAGCGAGGAGAGUCGAAGGCCACAUCCAGAGGUGGAGAAAAGAAAAGAAGUCAAAAUCUCCUACACAUCCAAGGUUUUUCUUCACCAAGAGCCAAAACACAGCAACUCAAACGGCAACGCAGCCAAUGAGGAAGUGACAUCAUUUAUCACCAAAACAAAGAGAUCCACCAUGUGUGUAACAAGUUUUGUUUGCUAUCUUAUUAUGUGCCUUUCCACCCACCUGAUUAUAUCCGACUCCCAGGAGGAGAGAAGACGCAUGAAGGAAGAAAUCGAGAGGAGGAGGAUGGAGGCAGCAGAGAGGAUGAAGAACCUGAGUACGUCCAGUGUCGAUGAAGACGAGAUGUUCAGUCCCUUCAGCCCAAAAGUUUCCACGCAGAAGAUCACAGAGAGAACGGAGUCCCUGAACCGCUCACUGAAGAAAAGUAACAGCUUCAAGAAGACGCAGCCUCUCCUCCUGACAUCCAAGAUCGACGACAAGCUGGAGCAGUACGCCCACGCUGUGGAGAACUCUCAGGAGGCUCGGGCAGUGAAGGCAUCACUGAAUGACCUGCCUCAAUCACCUGAGGUUGUCGCUUCCAAGAAGAACCUGUUUGAGGCUGGAGAGGCCUGGAGCCAGAGUCCCAGCAAGGGAGCCACCUGCAAGGACACUGAGGGUCUGAAGGUGGGCGUGGCCAAUCUGAUCAAUCAGUGGGUGAAAGGCCCCUCAGACGGCAGCAGACAGCUGAGCAGCAGACCCGCUGAUCUGAGACCCGGAGAUGUGAUGCAGAAGAAGAACAUGUGGGAGGUCAUCGGAGACUCGUCGGGGAGGCCCGGACAAAACAUGAAGAGCUCAGCGGCUAAUAAAAAGUACAAAUUUGUCGUCACUGGACACGGCAAAUAUGAGAAGAUUCCUGUGGACGACGAGGACGAAGGGAAGUUCACCAAUGGAGAGUCGGAUUUGUGUCACAGUGAUUACUGAAAUGGCGUUGCUCUUCAAGUGGUCUCCAUCUUGAUCUCUCAACAAUGUGCUGACGAUACAGACAUCUAACACAAGUAACCAGAACCAGAAAAACGUUGUUAAUACCUACAGCGAAACUGCUAAAUAGAGGUUUCUCAAGAUUGUGGAGGUUGUACAAUUAUACAAGAAAGCAUCAGCUCAAGCCCAAAACCAUUUGAUCAUUUAAUGUUUAUAUUUAACCGAUUUUCUCUUUCUUUCCAUGUUUUCUUGCAUUGCAUUUCUAGUAUUGUGUAUAUAUCUGACUGUAAACUUUGCUAUUUGUUUUUCUUCUCCUCUGCAGUUUUUGGUAAAUCAUAAUUCAAGUCUAGUUGAUCACUGUAUGGUGAUGUUUUGUGAAAUAUUAAAUGUAUGGGGGAGGGGUCCUAUAGAAAUCCUCUACAUUUUAGAAAUUGCAUAGAAGUGUUGGUUCACCCUUUGACAUGUUACAUGUUCUGAACUUAAACCUUUGCUAAAGAACAAUCUUGAAAAGAAGCUGGACUUGGGAGAGAUUUGAAACACAGCUGACGUUUGCUAUCUUAAUAUCACAUUUACUGCCUCAGUAUACACUUCUUCACAAAACCACUAGAUGUCUACAUAAUCUGUUCCGCUGUUUAACUUUGAUUACAAUGCAGCAGCCUGUUCUGCUUGCAAGAAGAUAAAGGAGGGCAGUUAAAGUUGAUGUGUAUGGGACUGAUGCUGCAAUUUGGAAGGCUAAUAACAUCCAAACUAAAUGACAUUUUUCACCUUUAAUGUCCUGCAAUGUUUACCUGUAUGUGUUUUUAAGUCAUUUUCUUGAUUAAAUUAAAAUCUUUCUUUUUUUA